UUCGAACAAAACAAAGAAAAUGAGAAAGAAACCUCACAUGAUAUGCUGAUGCACGCAUGAUUUGACAUAUACCGACAAAUUAACUCAAUUCAAGCCGUUUGAUCAUAAUUUCGAUUUGUGCUCUUACCCUUAUGUCUUAAUCUUAAAAUCUCCAAUCCUCAGAGACUGAAAGAGGUUUUCGAAGGAACUUCUGGAGUUGACAAUAUACAACUGUCCACUUUACUGGGGAGUAUGGAUGAAGUCAACCAUUACACUGUUUUGGGCUUACCGUCCGGCGAGGAAAGUGCCGGGCUUACCGAUCAAGAGAUCAACAAAGCCUACCGAUCGAAGGCCCGCGAGCUGCAUCCCAACAAGAGGCCUAACGACCCUAAUGCACACGCCAAUUUUCUUAAACUCCAGACCUCGUAUGAAGUCCUCAAGGAUGAAAAGGCUCGGAAAUUGUUCGACGAACUACUCAGAGUGAAAAAGGAAAAGCUCAACCGUAAGGGGCAACAAGAUUCCAAGCGCAGGAAAAUGAUGUCGGAUCUCGAGGAAAGAGAGAGAUCUGUUUUCUCCGUGGACCCCACCGUGAGAGCUCGGGAGGAGGAAGAAAUGAUAAUAGCCCAAAAGCUGAAGGAUGAGAUCAGUAGUUUGGUGGUGUGGAAGAUGUGGUCAUUAAGAGCUCUAAGAAGAAAGGGUUGCUACUAUUGGGAAUGUGUUGGGUAUCUGUUAGUUUUGCCUCUACAACCGGUCGCUUUUAGUACGGAGAAAAAUGAGGCCGAUGGCCCAAAACUGAGCAAUCUUGUUGGUGAUGGAUGUCAAGCACGCGAAGAUUCGAUUCUGAAGAAAAUGAGAAAGGUCUGGCUGCUGCACAGAGGCAGAAGUGUGACACCUGAGAUGAAGGAAGGCUAUACAUUUUACGGGUUUCACCAGUUUUCGAAAACAGUAUACGAGAACAUACCUCUGUGGAAGUUGUCCCUA